AAUCAAUAUGAAGUCAGACGAUAUGAAGCAUCUAAUUGGGUAGAAACAGAAAUCAGCAACAUGCCUUACAAUACAGCCAGAAGAACAAUGUUUUGGAAACUUUUCAAAUAUAUCAACGGACAGAAUGCGAACAAUCAGAAGAUAAACAUGACUGUACCAGUGUUAGGCAAACACAGUAAAACUUCUAACAGGAACACCAUGAUGUUUUAUAUAUCUAAUUCUAUUACUAAUCCACCACAACCUACUGAUUCAGCAGUAAGAAUUAACUCACUUCCAGCUUUCACUGCUUACGUCAGAUCUUUUCCUGGUAACCUCAGAACAAAACAACAAUGGAGAACCCAAGAAAUGGCUUUAGAACAGUCUCUUAAUAUAGAUGGCCUGGCAUUUGACAAAUCUUAUUAUGUUACUGCUGGUUAUGACGCACCAUGGAUACAAGAUAGACACAAUGAAGUUUGGUUAUUCCCUACUGCUUAA